AUGCGCGUCCUGAACGUGGCCGAGAAGCCGUCCGUGGCCAAGGAGAUCGCGCACAUCUUGUCGUCGGGCCGGAGCACGCGGCGACCCGGCUUUUCCCAGUACAAUGGCAUCUUUGAGUUUCCGUUUGAGCUCAACCAGCAGCGCGUCGAGAUGGUCUUCACGUCCGUGACCGGCCACCUCAUGCAGCUCGACUUCGCGCUGAGCCACCGCGGCUGGAAGACAUGCGACCCCGUCGACCUCUUUAGCGCGGCCGUCGAGAAGACCGUGCGCGAGGACUCGACGCAGAAGAAGAUCGAGCAGACGUUGAAGGCCGAGGCCGCACGUGCUCAGAUGCUCGUGCUCUGGCUGGAUUGCGACCGUGAGGGCGAAAACAUUGCGUUCGAGGUCAAGGCC